AUGGCUGCCAUGAUCCAACGUCGACGUCGAAGGAGACAGAAUCUGCUUGUUUUGAGGCGACCACGAGUAUUUCGUGACCUAAGCAAUCCUUUGGAGAGUCUAGAGGAGGAAGAGUUUUUUCAGAGAUAUCGUUUUUCUCCGGGUAGCAUACUUUAUAUUGUAAAUGGUGUCAGUGACGAUCUUCAAGCAGAUACUGCCAGGAACCGACCCAUUCCUCCACUGAUCCAGGUUCUACUGUUUCUCCGUUUCGUGGCUACAGGGGCACACUUACGACUUAUUGGAGACAGUCUUAACGUUUCAGAAUGUACGACUGGAAGGGUUGUUAAAGCAGUAACGAGGGCCAUCAUUGAAGUUUUUAAUAAUCUGAUAAAAUUUCCUGUAGGUGAAAUAGCGACCAAAGUCAAGGAAGGAUUCAGAAGAGUUGCAGGUUUUCCCAAAGUUUUGGGUUGUAUUGAUGGAACCCAGAUAAGAAUUCAAACUCCAUCACUGAAUGAACCUGAUUAUGUGAACAGGAAGGGAUUCCAUAGCCUCAAUGUUCAGAUGGUAUGUAGUCCCACUUUCAAGGUGACUUCACUUUGUGCCAGGUGGCCUGGAUCAUGUCACGAUUCGAGAAUUUGGAGAAAUUCACACCUUUACCAACAAUUUGAAAAUGGGUUACAUGAUGGGAUUCUGCUUGGGGAUUCUGGGUACCCCCUUACAAGACACCUCAUGACACCCUAUUUAGCACCCGCGACGCAGUCUGAGGAGAGGUAUAAUGCCAGUCUAUGCCAGACCCGUGUCUUGAUUGAACAGACCUUUGGCAUCAUGAAGAGGAGAUUCCAAGCUCUCCAAAUCGGGUUCAGGGUAUCCCCAGACCAAGCAGUACAGCUCAUUACAGCUUGUGUAAUACUCCAUAAUCUAGGAAUUGACAGAGGAGAUAUUUGUGUGCAGCAGAAUUUAACAAACAUUGAUGUUGCCGCCUGCAUCCAGCAAAAUAUUCAGGAACCUGGACAAGUCCGCAACGAUGGGGUAUUAAAGAGAGCGGCAAUUACACAAGGAUUUUUCUAA